UUUUCAACCAAAAUACUCCAUCCAUCGGACACAAAAUGAAAGCCAUCUGCGUUACCGAAAGCCGCAACCUCGAGCUUCGAGAUAUCCCUUCUCCCUCAGCUCCACCAUCCGGUUACAUCAACGUCCGCAUCGCCGCCGCAUCCAUAAACCACGGCGACAAAACGUUCUUGAAACGUCCUCCUUCGGCACUAGCAGCAUUAGCCUCCGGCGCACGCCUAUCAGACGUCUGGGGAGCUUCAGCAUCUGGCACCGUCGAGGAACUCGGACCCGAUAUUCCGUCCAACUAUCUCGGCCGCAAAGUAGCCAUUUACCGUGGUCUAAAGCCGAACGACGCAGUUCUCGGUCUCUGGUGUGAGACGGUCCAGAUGCCGUACCAGACGUGUCUGUUGCUUCCAGAUAAUGUCGAUGCGAAAGAUUAUAGCGGGUCGCUUGUGAACGUUGUGACUGCUUAUGCGUUCAUCGAACAGGUUGUGGCAGAAGGACAUCGAGGUAUCAUAGUCACAGCUGGAAGCUCGGCUACUGGAAGGGCAUUGGCAGUUCUUGCUCGAGGACGUGGAAUCCCUUUUCUGGCUAUUGUUCGCAGUGAAGAAGCGAAAGAAGCGUUGAAGAGGGAAGUGGAGGUGGAGCAUGUUUUCAACAGCAGUCAUCCGGAUUUUAUGCGUGAUCUCGAACAAAAGGCACAAGAGCUUGGCACAACUGCGGUGUUUGAUGGUGUUGGUGGUACGCUUAUUGGCAGGAUACUUGGAGCAUUGCCGCCUCGAUCGAGUAUCUUCUUUUACGGAUUCUUGUCUGGACAGGAGAAGGUGGAAUUUCAAUCUGCUGUUUUUAUGAUGAAGGAUAUCACGAUGAAGAGGUUUAGCAAUUUCAACACCGUGACAGUACAGGAGAAGCUGGGGGAAAUGCUGAAAGAUCUGGAGAGCUGCAUAGAAGAUUUCGUCUUCAAGACAUCUAUAGGUAAGGCAUUUGAGCCAGAGGAUAUUCAGGCAGCAAUGGAGUACAAUGGGGGAAGUAAGAAAGCUAUGAUAGUAUUUUCGAGAUGA